AUGGGAUAGAAACUAGCUGAUGCAUCAAAAACUCCUGGAAAGACUCAAAAUUUAUUUUUCUUCAGGAAUGAAAUGCUUAAAGCUCAUAUUGUUGAUUGUCCUGGUUAUGGAUAUGCAGAGGCAGCUGACUCAUAGAAAGAAUACUUACAUCGGCUUGUACUACUUAUUGAUAUGAGUGUUGGAUUAAUGGAUUCUGACAAAGUUCUGAUAGAUAUGCUUUCAAAUAGUCACAAGCCCUUUAUGAUAGUUUUGACCAAGGCAGAUAAAGUUAAGGAAUAAGAUAUUCCAGUUAGAAUGCAGGAAGUAGCAGAUUUUAUGAGAAAAGCAGGGUCUAUUUGUAGUCCAAUUGUGCAUAUUGUCUGUGCAAGGUAUAAAUAUACUUUAUCUGAAAAUUUUAGAGAUGGUUAUGGACUAUAAGAAUUUAUGGCUAAUCUAAUUUAUAUUUUACAAAUGUCUAUAUUGAGAAAACCCACAUGA